AUGAACUGGACGGCCGCGACGUGCUGGGCUCUGCUGCUGGCCGCCACCUUCCUCUGCGACAUUGGCGCGGCCAAGGGCGGCCGUGGAGGGGCUCGCGGCAGCGCCCGGGGAGGGCUGCGCGGGGGCGCGCGCGGGACCCCACGGGUGCGCGUGAGGCCGGCGCCCCGCUACGCGGGCUCCUCCCUGCGCGUGGCAGCGGCCGGGGCGGCGGCGGGGGCGGCGGCCGGCCUGGCGGCGGGUUCCGGCUGGAGAAGGGCCCCGGGCCCCGGGGAGCGCGGCCUGGAGGACGACGAGGACGCGGCACCAGGCGGCAACCGGACGGGCCAAGGCGUCUACAGCUACCGGGCGUGGACUUCGGGCGCGGGGCCCACCGGCGGCCCGCGCCUCUGCCUGCUGCUGGGCGGCGCCCUCGUUGCCCUGGGGCUGCUGCGGCCCUAGGCCUGGCCAGGCUCGGGGCCAGAUCCGGCCCCCAGCCCGCGCCCUCCCCGCAGGCCCCCCGCCCCGGAUCGGCCCCAGAGGCCACCAGCGGCUGAGCGCCGCUUCCCACCGCUGCCGGCGGCCUCUGACCCAGAGACGCUGCCUGGGGGAUUCCAGCCAGCCCGGGCAGGAGCCGCGGCCUCUCCUCUGGGUGCCCACUGACGCCACCGCCCGGCCCAGGUCCCUCCCCAGCCUCCCCAUCCUACCGAAGGACCAGGGCCCUUCAGUCCCAGGAUGCCCCGCCUACCGCCUGGAUGCCAGGGUCUCCCCCCACCCCCUCCACCGUCAGAAAAGCAGGUGCCAUCCCGUGCUUCCGGUACCAUCCAGGCUGACGGCCCACCAUCUCUCCAGAGCUGCCCAAAGUGAUGUCCGAGACCAGGCUGCUCAGGCCAUUCCGGCCCCCCUGAGGACCCUGUGGCCUCCCCCACAGAAGCAGCCGGAAUGGACCAAAGGAUUUGAGGACUUGGGGGGAGAGGUUUCCCUCACGGGUUUUAGUGUGCCUACCACCUGUCCGGAAGAGGCCGUCUGCGGACUGGAGCCCAGGCGUGCCCAUCACUCUCUGGAGCAUCCCUGGAGCGCCCCCUGCCACAGCAGCUGCCCCGGAGCCUGGCCAGCCCACCCUCAGGUCCAGAAGUGUGCCCCCUCACCAGGCAGACCCUCUCAAGGCCACUGCCAGCUUUAGGCUCCCGUUCUGGAAUCGUGCCUGCUGGUACUCAGGGAUGGAGAGAGCUCCCCAGGACCGCCAGCUGUGGCUCCGGCAGGUCUGCAGCUGCUCCAGGAAGGUGAGGGCCAGGUGUGAACGGCGGAGGCCGGGUCUCAAGUCAGAACCAACAAACAGGCCACCAGCAGGCCCCUGGAGGCAGGCGCAGCAGCAAGUCCGACCAGAUGCGGGCUGCUCCGGCUGAGCAGAAGGAAGCGUGCAGGAGGCUGACCCCCGCAACACCACGGCGGCCAUCCGGGCACCUGAGGGUGUUCUGAGGACAGAAGACAUCCAGGGAAGUGUCUAAGGGUUUGCCUCUGGCACACAAACACCCGUCUGCAGACCGGCCCGUUGCUCCUCAGGUGCCCGGAAGCCCAUUUCCCUCCAGCCUCUGGCCUGGCUGGCAGUUCGUGAGCUCAGCCCUGGAGGCCUUGGCUCUUUACGCCCUCUGCCCCCUAUCCCACGGCAGGACAACGCCCCGGGCCUGGAUCCUCUGGAUCGCCCCCUCCGUCGGUGCUCACUGAAAGCCUCACCUGCCGCCGGGCUGCCUCCCAGAAUCUGCCCUCACCCCCCAGACUAUGGGGCCUUUGGACUCAGCUGACAGAGGCCAGUGCCAAGACCAGCACCUCCGGGGGCCCUGCCACCUCUGCUCGCCCACAGCCGACACACAGGUCUGGUCAGGGUGAGGGUCGCCAAGCUACCAGUGGAGCCCUGGACCAAGCAUUGUUCUCCAAAGACCAGGACACGGAUCCGCACUGCCAGCAUUCCUGGGGUACGAGCCCAGGUGCCUCUCCAUCCAUUCCAGACCAAAUUUGAUGCAACCAAAGACCAGCGGGCUGCGGCCAAGCCCUGCCCGGGGCCUCGGGCAGUGUGACCAUUCUGCCACCGUAUUUGCAGGCAGCACAGGGAGACCCAUCAGGGCUGCACCUCGGGCCAACUCAGCUCUCCCUGCGGGGCCAGGAGCAUGGGCCCAGCCUCUGAGCCGCCCUCACAGGCUGCAGGGCACCACACACCAGCCUGACUCCCAGAGCCUGUCCCCAUCUGGUACAGUCACACGCUAGAGUACUUCCUGCCCUACUGGUCAGGGUCCCAGCAGGAGGCAGAUGGCACCCAGGGGGGGUAAUCUCAGAUUAGGAAGUGUGCGCCACCGUGGGCACCUUCAGGAGGGGAGGUGCCUGCCAGAGACUCCAACGCUCCAGGAAGGCCACACACACUGGACACAGAAGGAGCAGAGCUGCUCACCAGGCCCACCCCACCCCCUUUCCCUCCUCUGCCCUUUUCUGGAAUGCAGGCUGGCAGGUACAGGUCCCUGGGGAGAGUCCCACUGUCCUGUAGCUACAGUUUGCCACUCGCAAGUGGGGGGAAGCCACACCAGCGACCCUCCCAGCCUGCAUGCAGCUGGCCGUGAGCAGGGCAGCCCCCGGGGCACCGAGGGAGCAGACAGCUCUUGGGUUUGGCCACAGCUCCUUGGCACCUCUUGUCCAUUUUGUGUGCACAUUUUCGUCGUGUCGUGAAAUAAACACUCCACUGGCAAA